CGGCUGUCAUUUUGAGACUGUACCAUUACUAAACACGCACUUCCAUUUCCUUCAUGUGUUUUUGCAGACAAGGACAAGCUCCAGUGUCAGCGCUGUUUUCAUUUAGCCGAAUCAAACAUGGCGAGGUUCCUUAGGCCCGGUAUCAGGAGUUUUGUCACCUCUCAGCUGAGAAUGUCAUCCGACCAGCUGGGUGAACUAGGUAAAGGUGCAGGGAAAGGUGGAGGAGGCGGAGGCUCCAUUAGAGAUGCGGGUGGAGCCAUGGGAAAGAGGCAGGCUGCUGAGGAGGAGCUGUACUUCAAACGUAAAGAAAAGGAGCAGCUGGCUGCGUUGAGGCAGCACCACGAGGAGGAAAUCGACCACCAUAAAAAGGAGAUUGAACGUCUGCAGCGUGACAUUGACCGCCACAAGGGAAAGAUCAGAAAGUUGAAGCACGAUGACUGAGUCAAUCCCUUCAAAACGUCCAACCUUCAGUCAUCAGAGGCGCCUUUUUUGUAAACACACCGAUAACAAUGCAGACUGUAUUAUCUGGCAAAUCCGGAUAAUAUAGGAUGUUCUCUGUAAGUGUUGACAAAUAAAUAAAACUGUUCAUGAAAUUACA